AUGCUGCCGCGCACCACGCAGCUCGCCCAUGCCGCCGCGCUGCCCGCCGGCAUGCUCGCCAUCUCGCGGCCCUGCUCGCCGCCGGUGCACGCGGCAGUGACGACGGCCUCCAGCGAGGCCAUGCUGCCCGAGUCGCAGCUGUGGACACGGCGUAUGAGCCGGCUGCGCUCCAUUGCGCCGCCGCUGCUCUCGCCACGGGUCAGUCCGGCGCCGCUCUACUCCUCGCCCGUGCCGUCGCCGAGCCUCUUCCCGUGCCCGGCCGCCUUCGACCAGACCGACGCCGCCGCCAUCCUGCUGGCCGACGCCGCCGCUGCUGCCGAGCUCCCGAGCCGCCGCCCGGCGACGCGCUACGGCUCGCACCUGCAGGCCUACACGCACGUCCUCUCGCUGCCCACGACGCCGGCGUCGUCGCAUACGCCGCGCUCGGUGCAGAGUCUCGAGAGCGCCGCCGACCUGGGCGCCUACCUCGUCGCCGCUCUCACCAGCCAGCGCCAGGCGCGCGACUUUGAGAUCGACACCGCCGGCCUGGCGACGGACAUGGCCAUCCGCGUACUCGCGUCGGACGACCCGUACAGCGACGACUACCUGACUGGCGAUGGCUCCGACACGCGUCGUGAGAGCCUGCUGGGCGACCGCAGCGCCUUCACCGCUGGCCAGCAGGCUGGCUCGCUGCGUGCUGAGGCGCCCGUCGAGCUCGACGAGCACGGCAACGCGAUGCAGCCGCGCAAGGGCCGGGCCCGCAUGUCGCAGGAGAAGCGCAAGCGUCUGGCUCGGCGCAAGGAGCGCGAGGCACUGCUGAUGGGCCUGCUGCCCGUCAAGGCCACGUCGGCGCCGCCGCACCUCACCGCCUUUCCUGGCCUCGGCAUCGCCAACUUCCCGCCGCUCGGCGCGCCGCUGCCGCCGCCGUCCGUCGCCACCGCCUCGGCGUUCCAAGGCCGUCCCGUCCACCACCACCACCACCACCGCGAUGCAGCGCCCAGACUGCCGAAGCCGAGCACCACGAGACCGUAUCAUGGCACGUCGGGCUGCGGCGAUGCGGCAGCAAGAUACCCGGCUGGACGCCAGGAGCCUCACUAUCAGCAGCAGCCCAGCGCCUUCCAGCCAGGCGCGAUGGGCUGGCCGAGUGCUGCGCCUGCUUGGACGGAAGGUGCGGCUCACUACGGCGCUGCCAGUGUUGGUGGCAGCGGCAGCGGUCCGGCCUUGGUACCGAGCCACCGCGGUGGAGCACUCGCGAGUCCGACGUCGUCGGUCCCCUCUCUGAGCCCGUCGGCCAGCACGUGCACCGAGGCGAGCGCCUUCUCAGCGUCCAGCGGCACCGUCUCGUCGCUCUCGUCUGGCGCUGCGCCGGCCAUGCUCGAGCCUCGCAGCCCGGCGUGGCUGCUGGCCGACCCGCUCGGCCAGCUCGACUCGGCGCCCAGCACGCCGCGCCACGGCUCCUUUGGCAGCACGCAGGCGCAGCCCUUUUAUCAGCAGGCGCAGCACCAGCAGCAACAGUCGGCCCAGCACCACGCGCGCCGUCCGCAGCAGCAGACGACGCCUCGCUUCGACGUCUCGCAGCGCAGCCCGUUCGAGGUGACGUACUACCGCGGCCGCGAAGCAUCCGAGACGCGUGCGCAGACCGGUGCCGCACCGUCUGGUGCAGCGCACCAGGCGCAGCAACAGCGUCCCACCCGCCGAUCGAGCCCCGAGAGCAACGCCAACCUGGCGCAGUUCGAUGCGCUGCCGCGCGUGCAGGUGAACCCGCCGACACCCGCCUCGCAGGUGCGCAACAACGAGCGCUCUCGUGCUGCGCGCUCAACGGCGUGGUCUGGCCGCCAGGCUUCCUCGGCGCCGCCGUCGGACAUGCCCGAGCUGCCGACGCCGCCGCAGUACACGGCGUCGGGCGCCUCGUACGAGGCCGCCGCCUCGCGUCCGCUCGUGCAGCCCGCGCAGCACUCGCAGGAGCCGUGGGGCCUGCUCUUUCAGCCGCAGCAGCACAAGACGCCCCUCGCGCAGUCGGGUGCCUGGCCGUAUGCGCCCAUGUCCUCGCCGUCGGCCCACGGCACGGGCCUCACGUCGGGCCGCGGGCCGCUCGACUGGCCCUGA